GGUGCACCCGGACUCUUUUGCCGUGUAUACUAUACGUUGCCCAGGGUGCACCACUAUACGUUGCCCAGGAUGCACCACGUGGUAGUAGGUCUAUCGCACAUCCCCCAUAGCGUCUUAGGUACCUCACUUCUGUCUCUGAACUUUUUGUGUACAUAUCUAUCAAAUAGACACAACUGCAUUCUUGAAAUUACUCAAAGAAUUGGGCUUUUAACAUUGAAUGCGCCGUGCCAGGUACCCUUUCGACCUUGGCAUGUAAGUGUCACCAUCUGGCAGAUCAACACAAUGGAUACACCAGCAUGCAACAGGACUAGAUGA